CCAGACUGGGAGGGAGAUUACCGUAUUUAUCGAGGCCAGUGCGGGACCCUUGGGGGCGGGUCACUGCGGGCCUGCUACCGUAUUUGCCCGGAGCCAUGCAGCCCUUUCUGGGAGUGGCAGUGCCAAGACUUAAUUACUUGUUUACUCGGGGUCGCGCGGGCCCGUGGGGGGCGCUGCGGGCACGGGGGUGGGUGGAUUGCAUGCGUUCCUCCAGGAGCUGGGGCUGGCAGCCCGGCAGGGUGGGCUGCGGCAGCUGGGUGGUAUAGCCUAUGCCUAUUCCUAGGGGUGGGGUUGAUACACAGCUUAUCACAUUUCUCCAGGGUCGCUCGGACCCCUGGAAUUAGCAAGGCUGUGAGAGGGAGUCAUGCCGGGUGGGGUGAGCUCUUGAGAUUAAUGCAGCGGUUUGACUGCGGGAGGGAGGCUUUUCGGCUGUAUGGGGGCGGGGAAGAAGGGGCGCAGCGCUGCGGGAGACUUAACUGUGUUUUCCUUGGGCUGCCCAGACAGAGGAAAAAGCUGCUGCAGACUGCAGAAGGGGAGCAGGUUGGGCUGUGAGUGUGGCACCUGAUGGAGGAACUUGGGGGAGGGAGGCAAAACCACGGCCUUGGACCCUCUGGGCCUGGUCAGAGGUCUAGUGGAGAAAGUGGGGAGGUUGCCCAGCGACCAGGCUUGGACUGGCCAAGGAGACUCUGAUGGUCUGUCUUUGCAAAUGCCAGCACAGCUAUCUGGGGAGGGAUUGUGGGUGGAGGCAUGACAAUGGGUCCUAGUCCCUUUCUCCAGGGUGAGUGCCAGUUCUACCCAGGCUUGGAGGUAGGGGAAGACAGAGGGUGUCUCUGAGACCCCACCCUGCAGGUAGAUUGACUGAGGCUGGAAGUGUGAAGACCUUCAGGGAGGCUUGAGGGAAACCCUGAGCAAGCUUCUCUGAUGGAGGGGGUGAGUGAAGUGGGUCCCAGUGCCCUACAUGGCGUGGGAGUGGAGGCAAGACACCGUGGGCUUUAGGAGCAGUGGCCCUUUGAGAAAGGAUGGGUUUGUGGUGGCUGAGGUGUGGGUAGGUGUGCAUGCGUGUGCGUGCGUGCGUGUGUUCGUGCCUGCGUGCAUGCCUGCGUGUGUAUGUAUGUGUGUGAAGGGGUGUUUUGUUGCCGAGCAGCUCAUAUAGCCAAGUGUUUUUUAACAGUGAGUCAGGAGACUUAGGGCCUAGGCCUGGCUCACCUUGCUGUGUGACCUUGGACAAGUGUGCUGGUUUCACACAGCUCCCAUGAUUCCAUUCACAAACCUGGGCUCGGCGCCGCCGCUCUGCCCCUUAUUCAAGGAUGUUGUGAGGGCGGUGGGAAACUGUCUCAGAAUGAUAGUGAGUGGCCUGGGAAGGCAGUCUUUAAAGCAGGCCUGCGGGGAGCCCAGUGCUGGGGAUGUUUGCUGGAGUGAGUGUGGUUGGUGCUCACUCAGCCUUUGGACCAGACCUGGCUCCUUGGGAGCUCUUGCUUUGGUUCAGUGACCUGCAACUUUUCAAGUGUAGGAUUCAUCGUGCUAGACAGAGGGACUACCUUUAAUGUUUAACCCAGGGAGGUCACUUUCAGGUGUAUGGGGGUUUAUUUUGCUUCCUGAUUUAAGACACUGGUGCCCUUCCUUCCUGCAGGUUUCAGGUCACCUUCUAUCCUUGGGCAUCUGAAUGGAGAAGCUGCUCCUGAGAACUGCCAGACAGUAUUUAGCCCAUGAGUUGUGUGUUGCAGGCACAGGGCUUGAUGUGUCUUUUAAGAGAAGGUAGCUCUCUGUUCUUGAGGUGCUGGGUUGGAGUUAGAGGUGGCAUGACCACCCUAUCCCACGGUGAAGGGCACAGGUCUGGGCAGCAGACUGCAAGGGGAUGCUGGAGAGGCCAGGGAAGUCUUCUAGGAGGUAAUGGGUCUUGAGAAAAGCCAGGACGACAGGCUGUGAGGAAGCGAAACAAAGCUGCAGAUGGGCAAACGCUGGGGGUUAUUGGAAGUGAGUGAUUCAAAAGGCUGGAGAAUGGCUGAUCCGAUCCGUGGGGUCUUCCUUGAUCCCUCUCUCCGCUUCUGCUUCCCCAGGGGCUGGUGACUGCAUCUGGAAGUGCCCAUGACAGAGCUGGUGUCCUCCAGGGAAGGGUCUCCUACGGGGGACGGGGAGGAGGGUCUGGGGGACGACCAAGGCCUGGUUAUCCACCACCCGGCAGAGGAACAGCCCCACCGCUGCCCACUGUGCGGCCAGACCUUCUCCCAGCAGCCCAGCCUGGUGCGGCACCAGAAGGCGCACGUAGGGGCAGGUCGCACCGCCGCCUUCGUGUGUCCCGAGUGCGGCAAGGCCUUCAGCGUCAAACACAACCUGGAGGUGCACCAGCGCACACACACCGGCGAGCGGCCCUUCCCUUGCCCCGAGUGCGGCCGCUGCUUCAGCCUCAAGCAGAACCUGCUCACGCACCAGCGCAUCCACAGCGGCGAGAAGCCGCACCAGUGCGCGCAGUGCGGCCGCUGCUUCCGCGAGCCGCGCUUCCUGCUCAACCACCAGCGCACGCACGCGCGCAUGCCCACGCCACACCCGCGUCGUCCCGGUGUCUUCGGGGAGCGGCGACCCUACUUCUGCCCACGCUGCGGCAAGAGCUUCGCGCGUGAGGGCUCGCUCAAGACCCACCAGCGCAGCCAUGGCCAUGGGCCUGAGGGCCAGGCAGCCCAUUUAGGACGCGUGCUAUGACCCGUGGGAGGCCUGCCACCACCAGCUGCCUCCGAUCCAGGAGCCACAUCCAGGGGUGCUGAGUUGCCCCUGCUCUGGAUGGGCUCAUGGGAGAGGGGCAGGGCCAGCUUGGGGUGUUGGAAGGGCUUGAGCCACCCCCUUUCCUUCCUCCCCCUGGACCCCUUGGCUGGCUGCAUGCAUCUGCUAUGGGUUCUGCGUUAGUUUGCCUCCUCCGUCUCCUGUGGCCUAGAGCAGCACGUCAGACUUGAAGGCGACUUGGAGAGGGCCGCGCUUUCCACGGUCCCUGGGCCCAAGCUCAGUCCCCAGAGCCUCGGCCUCCUGCACCCACUGUCUGGUGGCCUUGAGAAGCCAUUUCACUCCAUGUCUCAGUUUGCAUAUCCAUACAAAGCCGACAGGACCUUGUGGCCCAGGACAUAUCUGGGCAUGGAGACUAAGAAUGGAGUCCCAUGGGGUCCUGGCAUCCUGGCAUGAGGCUGUGUCUCCUCAGAAGACCUACCUCUGGAGGUGCCCUGUGUUGGUAGAGCUGGGAAUUAGAGGCUGGGUCCAUGCCUUUGGUGGGAGAACUCCCCAGGUCUGACUUGAGUCACAGCUGGGCAAGCCUCCUUUUGGCUUCCUGCCCCUCGAUGUCCACUCACAUGUGGAGGCAGACAGCACCUGUGUGGGAGGGCUGUCCUCUCUCUGCAGCCCUGCCCACCACUGGGUUGAGGGACAGAGACAAGAAGCAACUGGUCUGCAUCAUCGCAGCAAGCUGAUGGCUGUCCUGGCUGGAGAGGCAAAACUCCCCUCGAGACAUGAGCAGCACCUGAGUGCUCCUGCGCCCUCUCUGAACUAGAAAGGUUAAGACUUCAGGGGCCUGUGGCCCUUUAAGUUCUGAUGGAGGCUGUGGCCCUUCUAGAAGUCAUAUACUCAUGUAGCUCUCAAAAUACCAAGCGGUUUCAGGAGCCUCGGGACUCCAGACUAAAGACCUCGGCCCUGGGGGUUUCAUCUGCCAUCCCUUUCUUACUCCGUCCAAGUGUGUCUCUCUCCUCCCGGUCGCCUCUUGUUUGGGAAUAAAGCAUUCUGAGGCUGAGCCCCUUUAGUCCACCCACCCCUUCUCCCCAAUCUAACGACACACCUGAUUUGUAGGACCCGGUCUCCCUCCCUCGGCAUUGCCCAAGGAUCCCUGGGCUUGGUCCUUUCCUCCCUUUUUGUAUCUGACAGGCUGUGGGAUUUUACAAGGAAGCCCCCUGCUUGGCCUUGACUCUGAUUUCACCGUGGAGUCUCAAGGGGAGGCUGGACGGCUGAAGGGAUAGUGGAUCAUUUUCUCUGUGUCUGCCCCAGGGAGAAGGAAUCCUGUUUCCUUUAGCCCUACGCAACCCAUCAGGCCUCUUGGUUGGCCAAGACUCUCCCCUGGGAAGGUGUGGGUAGAAAGGCACCAGAGCCCUGCAUGGGCAUGUGCCCAUGGGUCUAGGCAGAGGGAGAAGCCGGUGGAGGAGUUGUGUGUCCCCUAAGCAAGCAGGGGGUACAAGUAGGGGGUGUGGGUCUUGGGCUACUGUUAGUCAAGGACUCCUGUCUUCAGAUGUGAGCAGGUCAGUCGGGAGGCUGUGGAUAUUUCUCUUUUUCCCUAGAAUGAACCACUCAUUAGGAAAGGGGAGGCUUCUCUUUUCUGCUAGGGCUUGGUAGGAGCCUGUGGAUUCCUAACCUGGGGUCUUACUGCCUGUGUCCCCCAUGCAGUUUGGGUUACAGGUUCUUACUGAACCCCUAUGCCUUAUUCUGGGGGUCACUGAGUACUAAAGCAGUCUGAGAAAGGGGCGCAUUCCCCGGACCCCAGGGACUCCCAUGCGGCUCUUUUUCCUGGCUAGUCUAGAGGAGCCCUCGCCGCGCCCCUCAGCUAUCUGCUCAGCUCGUCUCUUCCCUGCUGUAGCUGUGCCCUGCCUUCCCCUGUACUGCCCCGAAAUGUUCUUUUCCCCACCCCCAAAACCUCCCUUCUUCACCAGGGCUGAGCCUCCCAGCACCCCACCGCCAUGCUCCCUCCGGACAGUACUCACGUUAACACGCGGUGUCUCCCUUGAGUACUGUGUGCUGUGUAGUCUUGUGCACGCUGCUUCUGUGUCUGUGUAUGCGUCGUAUACGUGCUGUGUGUGUGCACGUGUGCACCUCUAGUCCCCAACCAGACUGUGAGCUCCCUGAGGGCAAGGGGCUGUCAUUUCUUCUUCAACCCCAAGUGGGUCCUAGCACAGGGCUGGGCUCCUGACUCUCAGGAAAGCGCUUGUCAACCGGCUGAUGGGAGAAAUGUCGGAGGUUGGGGGUGGCGUGGGAGCUGUGCAAGGGGAGAGUGCACUGGAGUUAACUACGGAUGCAUUGGGUCGGGUUGUGGGCUGGCUCCUUGGAUCAAUAAUGGAUGCUCGAGGCCUCAGGUCCUUGCAUUUUGGGGGUGGUAGAAGCAGAAGGGACACCCCCCCCCAACACACACUAUGGCUACACAGGAGUGUACUUGAAUAGAUGCCCAGGUUGGGUAAUCCUGGAAGUCCCUGACACCUGUUGGAGUCGACUCAAAUAAAUGUUCUCUACAACA